GAUUAUGGAAACAGAGUGGCUAAUUUUCGAUAUCCCGUGACAGGUUCAUGACAAAAAUUAUCUUCUCUUGAGAUGAGCUGUGCGCGUUCUCCUUCAGUCUUCACGCUUCGUGCAUAAUUGAAAGUCGGCUGCAAUGGCUUUUGAGCGGAUUCAUUUGGUCUUCCUUGGUCUGGCGAUUUGUUUUCUGUCAGGCUCUGUUUCUGGCCAUGAAAAGAAACUCAAGAAAAUAACCUCUUGUCGCUGCUCAAUGGAUGAGGGAGAAAUUGAUCUUAGAAAACUAGCAGGGAAAGAAGGCAAGCCAAGAUUUUUCAAUAUUCCUUCAAAUUACACAAACUCAAGCUUUAGUUGGAACCCAUGCAACUCAUAUUCACUGAAUGGAUCUGCUUGUAAAGGUGUUGCUGCUUGUAUGGAACAAAAAGGAGUAAAUACUUCAGAGUUUUACAGCGUUGCAAAACAAGACACAGCUGAAUUUUUCCACAGAGAAGACGGGGAAAAUUUUUUGACAUACAAAGGGACAGCUUUUAAUAAGACCUCAGUGUUUUCUGUGGUUCUUAAAUGCGAUCCAAAAGAGGAAGGCAAAGUCGACCCAGUGAUUGCUGAUACCACAAAAAAUACUUACGAGACUGUUUUGUAUUCAAAAUACGCCUGCCCUUCUAGCUCAAGCUCUACUGGCUUGGGCUUGGGUGCAAUCGCUACCAUGAGUGUCAUUACUAUUCUGGGUGUUGUGAUCAUUGCCUUCCUUAUUUUUGUUGUCCAUUUACGUAACAAACUUCCCGAUGGAGUUCCAAAGCCGUCUAUGUGUACCUCGAUGAAGGUUGCACUGGGAAUGAUAUUCGCAAAGUUCUGUCCUUGUUGUAAUGGAUCAGGCUAUGCCAAAGUUCCCUAGUCACAAAUAACUUCUUCAAUUCUGUUUAACUUUUUACAGCUCGUGGAGUAUGAUGGCAGGUGUCUCAGAAAGGAUAAAAUCUGAAUGCAAGUGUAGGCUAUUGGAAUAUAGAUUUUUUUUUAGUAAACUGCUGAGAAUGACACAAAAGAUGAAACAACUGAGAGUAGACAAAAAGUUCUGCAUAACAUUAAAUUUGAUUUAAAAAAACUCGAA